CUCCUGUGUUGUCAUCGACGAGUCGCAUGUGUGCGAAGUCUGCCGUCUUUGGGAUGCAUAGAGGCGAAAGUUUCUCCUGCCCUGACAGACGUCCGUGUGCAAAAUGACGGCCCAGGAGAUCCGUCUGUGUGGCCUCCUGCUGCAGGAGCAUUUUGGAGAGGUGAUGGAGAAAGUGGGAACUCACCUGCUCCGAAGUGGAGUGCAGAACUUGAGGACCAUCGUCCAAGAAACCAACCUCUCGGUGGAUUUGGUAAAGAAGUGUCUGUGCGUGCUCGUGCAACAUGGGGCUUGUUGUUUCACUUCUGGCCGUAAAGGACCGGGCAGCCCCACAGAGUACCGGGCCUGCUGCGAUCGGAUCCUGAGAGUUCUGCGCUACCCGCGUUACAUCUACACGGCCAAAACGCUGUACGGCGACACGGGCGAGCUGAUCAUAGAGGAGCUGCUGCAGCGUGGCCACAUGACGAUGAGCAGCACGGUGAAGACGGUCGCAGACCGUCUCACGCAGAACAUGGAGGAGGGCCACAGCAUGGAUUACAGCGAAGUGUCUUCUACCUUCUCCAAACUGGUGGAGACCCAUUUUCUCCAGCGCUGCCCUCCAGUUGGAGGAGCAGGAACUUCAGGCAGUGCCGCUCCUGGUGCGGCUCCUGCAGCGGCUGCAGCCGCUGUCAGCGUCGCCCCGCCAACUCCAGAGAGCUUUCCUGAGUGCUACAGCGUACCACAUGUUUCGCUCAUUGGACGAGGCAAACGGCAGCUUGUCCCCGAGAACGGAGAGGACCAGAGGAAUGCAAAAAGAGCCAAGAUGGACACAGAGACACAUGGUGAUGAAGGAAUUUACUGGCAGGUGAAUUUUGAGCGUUUCCAUCAACACUUCAGAGACCAGGCAAUCAUCAGCGCCGUGGCCAAUAAGCUGGAUCAGACCAGCAGUGAAAUAGUGAGGACCAUCCUGAGGAUGAGUGAGGUGACCACUUCAGCCACCGUUGCCUGCACUAAGCCACUCUCAGCCAAUGAGAUCUUCAGGUCCCUCCCUGCCAGCUACAACAUCCCCAGACACAUUUUGGAUCAGUAUCUGACUCUGCUGGUGGACGACCCAAUGGAGUUUGUUGGGAAGACUGGAGAAAGUGGAGGAGGAAUGUUUGUUGUCAAUCUGCACAGAGCUCUUGCAAACCUGGCUCGAGCCACGGUUGAGUCCAUCGUGCAGGAGAGAUUUGGCUCCCGGUCGGCUCGUAUCUUCCGUCUGUUGCUGCGGAAGAGACACCUGGAGCAGAAGCAGGUGGAGGACUUUGCCAUGAUUCCAGCAAAGGAGGCUAAAGACAUGCUGUACACGCUGCUGUCUCACAACCUGGUGCAGCUCCAGGAAAUCCCCAAAACCCCAGAUUUCGCUCCAUCUCGCACUUUUUAUCUUUACACCGUCAACCAGCUCCCAACCGCCAGGAUGCUACUGCAGAACUGCUACAAGACCGUAGCCAACCUCAUAGAGCGACGCCUGUUUGAGACCAAAGAAAACAAGCGCCUCUUGGAGAAAUCUCAGCGAAUCGAAGCCAUUCUGGCGUCUCUGCAGGCCAGCGGGGCCGAGCCCGAACAGCUGAGCGAAGUCGAGGAGAUGAUCUCUGCUCCCGAGAAGCAGCAGCUGGACGUCUUGAAGCUUCACGUUAACAAGUUAGAUUCAGCAGAGAACCAGGUAGAUGAAACCAUUUUUAUCUUAGAAUCCUACGUCAGCUCCACGUCUACAUCUUGAGUCGUUAUUGUCAAAAUGUAUCCAAAAUGUCAUCAUUUUUAAAAAUGAUUUCUUUAGCGUUUCUGUUUACUUCGACUGAAUAUGUUUAUUUUUCUUGUUUUUAUUGUGUGGAUCACGACUGAAUAAAUAUCAAAACACCUUU